GGGGGGGGCACACGCGAAGUUUUAAAAGUAAACAGAAAAAAAAAAUUAAAUUGCAUAACCUCAAAGCUUGCAAAACGCGUGGAGGGAGCAGGUCCCGCGGCCCCAAAUCCGCCUGGAAAAUAGGAGCGGAGCGGUGCCGGUAAUCCCGGUGGGCUGUCACCGGCGGGAGCCGUGUCACCGGGCGCUCUCCCUGCUCCCGGGGUGCACAAUAGCGUCAUUUUCCAGGUGGCUUCCAGCUCCAGAACCGUUUCCCCGUAUUUACUUUCCAGCCGCAUAUUUUGUGUUUUAUUUAUUUCGAACCGGCCCUGCCGAUCCAGGAUUAUUUUCCCCAAAACAAGCUGGAAGAGUCCGGCUAUCCUGAAAUGCUUUCCGUGAUCCCUACGUGUGUUUACUUCCAUCACGGGAUUAGCAUCUUCCAGUGCUUGGUUACGGAGAAAUUUCCAUCAUUUGGGGUAUAAAUGGGGGUUAUGUAGGAGGAAAAAUAAAGCAGCUAAAUAUACUGGGAACUAAACUUAUUUUCUCCCCAAAAAUCAGACCCACCUUCCAAACCGAGGUGUCAUCUCUCCUCUCCUUGAAUUUGUGUCCAGGUGGAGCAGAAGGCAGGCACUCCAUAGAUUAUAUUCCCUGUUAUGUAAAAUGCACUUGAAUGACAAACUGUAGUUUUCCAUGAAACCGGUCAGGAUAUGGGAGGAACUGCAGGUUUUUUAUUUGUUUUGACUGACCAUUAUAUUUUGAACCGGUUCGGGCCACGGCCGUGUGUGUUGGUGGUUACAUCAUGCCGUGUGUUGUGUGCAGGGUGCUUUGUGCCCGUGAAAAUAAGGUGAGGAGGCAGCCCGGUUGUGGGGCAGGACCCGCUGUGGGGGAUAAAACAUUCUGGGGCUGGCCGAGCUGUGAGCGUGGCUCUGUGUGCCUCUGAUCCUCUGCCGGGGCUGGCAGGCCGGGGAUCUGUCUGCGUGCAGGCCUUUUCUCUUUAAAACCAUAUUUGUCCUUUUUAUAGCCUUUGUUUUCAUGGAGGAACCUCUGAUGCUCUUCCCUGCUUUAGCGUAUCCUCUUGGAUUUCCAUUCUGGCACGGGAACAGCGACGCUCCUCAAGCUGAUUAUAUAUAUAUAUUUUUUUUUUUUUUCUUUAAUUGAGAAGUCAGCAGCGUUUUAAAUCGGCCGAGGGGGCGGUGGAGCAGAGCGGGGCCGGGGCCGGCUGGAGCUCGGUUCCCGGCCCGGUUCCGGCUCGGUUCCCGGCCCGGUUCCCCGCCCGCCCCCGCGCACCAGGGCCGGGCGGCCUGGCUGUGGCGCGGCGGGGAUGGGGACGGUGUUUUUUUUCCCCUGUAGCUGCACUGCCAAGGUAGCACAGCUGUGUGGGGCUUAAUGGAUUGAUAUGCUGCAGGAGCAGUUAAUUGUGGAACUUGGUUGUGGUACUGUUAUAGCUGAUUUGUAAUGAUUUAGCAAUGAGGAAUGACUUGUGUUCCCUCGUCAGAGGUGAUAAAGCAGCAGAUGACCAGGCAGAUGUGGCUGUGGCUUUCUCUUACGCCUUUUUUCCCCCCUCUUUUGCCUUUUAUUUAUUUUUUUUAAAAGCUAUAUUUCAAUCCCAUUUGCUCUCGGAGAUCAUCCGGUAACUGGAGAGCGGGUGAGAGUGUGACAUCAUGCGAGGCAGGGGUGAAAACUGAGCGGUUCUGUGACCAAAGUCACUUCCUUUUGCCCUGUUUAUAACUCGUGUUUUGGUGAAGGCCACUGCCAUUAUCUAAUGAACGCCCGGAACAAAGACUGUCUCUGGAGUUCCAGCACUCCACCCUUCCCUGCUUGGGCUCCACUUGCUGCCUGUCCUCAGGAACCUCAAAAGGCUUUUCCAGGGAGGAUGAGACUCAAUGGACAGCAAGGCUGCCCUCGGGAGCGGCAGUGGGAGGCAGUGGAGCUGGCCUCGGCAGCGGGAGAGGCUGGACUUCCCGUGUCUCUGUGCUGAAUGGCUGCGAUGGCGCCCGCUCUCACUGACGCAGCAGCCGAAGCUCACCACAUCCGAUUCAAGCUGGCUCCCCCGUCCUCCACCUUGUCGCCUGGCAGUGCCGAGAGCAACGGCAACGCCAACAACAUCCUCCUGGCUGCCAACGGCACCAAAAGGAAAGCCAUCGCUUCGGAGGAUCCCAGUCUAGAUUUCCGAAACAACCCCACGAAGGAAGAGCUGGGCAAGCUGCAGCCGCUAGUGGCCUCUUAUCUCUGCUCGGAUGUAACAUCUGUCUCUUCAAAAGAGCCUCUGAAGCUGCAAGGAGUCUUCAACAAGCAGACAGUCCUUAAAUCUCACUCUCUCUUAUCUCAGUCCUUUUUGAAAACAAGUGAUCUGUUGGGGAGGCAACCAGUGUUGGAAUUCACUUUGGAGAAUCUAAAAACAAUGAGUACUAAUAGCCAGCCACCUCUCCCACAAGCGCCUGUGAAUGGCUUGGCCAAGAAAUUGGCCAAAAGUACCAAUUCAGACCAUGAAAACUCUAGUUCUCUGAAUGGUGGGAAGUGUGCUUCUCCUUCUGCUGCCCUCCAGACUGUUGACUAUAAUACAGGAGGUUCUGAAUUGGGGGACUUGAAGACCGGGUUGACCAAUUGCACUCUUCCACAUAGAAGCCUUGAUGCAGAGCACGCAACUCCCUUUAGCAAUAAUAGCACUGCAAAUAAAUCCUCCCUGAACUCCGCAGAGCAGCAGUGGGUGCUCGAGGGCGGCAGCGGGGACGCGCGGGUGCCCGGCGUCGGGAGCAGUAAGCUGGAGGAGCAGAAACCUUCUGUGCUGGCUGGUCACCACAGCGCUCUGGACUCCGAGAUGAGGACGAGGGCCCUGCUGCGGCGGCAGGCGGACAUCGAGAGCCGAGCCCGGCGGCUGCAGAAGCGCUUGCAGGUGGUGCAGGCCAAGCAGGUGGAGAGACACAUCCAGCAGCAGUUGGGCGGCUUCUUGGAGAAAACGCUGAGCAAGCUUCCAGCCUUGGACCCCCUGAGGCAACGGAGCCAGCUGAUGUUGACCAGAAAAGCAGAAGCAGCCUUGAGGAAAGCUGCGAGCGAGACAGUUACUUCGGAAGGCCUGAGCAACUUCCUGAAGAGUGAUUCAAUAUCAGAGGAACUGGAGAGAUUCACGGCCAGUGGCAUGGCCAACUUGAGAUGCAGCGAGCAGGCCUUUGACUCGGAUGUCACCGACAGCAGCUCGGGGGGAGAGUCGGACGUUGAAGAAGAGGAACUGACCAAAGCAGACCCAGAACAACCCCACGUACCACUGAGGCGGAGGGCAGAGUGGAGGUGGGCAGCAGACCGCGCCGCCAUCGUCAGCCGCUGGAACUGGCUCCAAGCCCACGUGUCGGACCUGGAGUACCGCAUCCGGCAGCAGACGGACAUCUACAAGCAGAUCAGAGCCAACAAGGGGCUGAUAGUUCUCGGUGAAGCUUCGCCCCCUGACCCUGCAGUAGAUGAUUCAUCCCGUCCCGUUCGAGCUGAAGUCAGGCUGGAGCCUGGGGCCGACCGGCUGAGUGUGUCUGGAUCCCAGCCCCUAGAAAGCUUGGGAAUUUCUGCUGCAAAUACUCCUGAAUCCCAUCCCGCCAAGCCCUGUGGAGCACCAAGACCUGUCAAUGGAGUUAUUAACACUCUGCAGCCUGGCCUGGCAGAACACGCUCAGGGAGAUGGCCAGGAAGCUGAGGAGCUCCUCCACAAGAAGCAGCGGCUGUCCCUGGUCCCCGCGGACGGGACGUGCGUGGCCGCUCGCACCCGCCCCGUCCUCAGCUGCAAGAAGCGGCGGCUCGUCCGACCCAGCACCAUCAUGCCCCUUUCCAAAAAGGCCCACCGUGGCAGCCUGGCGCGCUGCAGCUGCGACGUGAACCCCUCGUGUGCCCUGUGUGGCACCCGCAGCUCCACCACGCUGGAGAUCCAGUACGAUGCCCCUCUGCUGGAGCGCCUGUCCCAGCUGGACUCCUGCAUCCAUCCUGUCCUGUCAUUCCCAGAUGAUGUGCCGACGAGCCUGCACUUCCAGAGCAUGUUGAAAUCCCAGUGGCAGAACAAGCCCUACGAGAAAACUAAACCUCCCAAGAAGCUGUCUCUGAAGCACAGAGCCCCCGUGCCCCCCAGCCUGGCUGACCCCGCGCGCAAGGACCGCCACAAGCUGGUCAACUCCUUCUUCACCGCGGCCAAGCGCUCCCAUCAAAAAGCCCAAGCAGACAAGGCACACAGGCCGCCUUUAGACGAUUUUUCGGCCGUGUCCAAGGCCGAGAGAGCGCCAGAGCGCUCUGCCCAGCCUCCUGCCUUUGACAAAAAGCGAUUGCGAGACUGCUCAUCUGAGAGGAGUGAAGUGUUGAAGCAUCACACGGACGUCGGUGGCCCGAGCUACCUGUCAGCAGCUGUGACCCCCACCCCUCACAGCCCCAUAGCUCGGCAGCUCUCCACCUCCUCCGAGGGCUCCGCUCCCGCCAGCUCCGCUUCCCAGGGCACCUCGGGCACCGCCCAGCCGAGGAGGAGGAGGGGUGAGAGCUCCUUUGACAUAAACAACAUCGUCAUCCCCAUGUCCGUGGCUGCCACGACCCGCGUGGAGAAGCUGCAGUACAAGGAGAUCCUCACCCCCAGCUGGCGUGAAGUUGAUAUCAGUGCCCUGAAAGCCAACCCUGAGGAGGACAACGAGGAGGUUGAGGACUUGUCAGAUUCGGCCUUCGCUGCUCGGCACGGGAAGUGUGAGGAGAUGGAGCGGGCGCGGUGGCUCUGGAGCACGAGUGUCCCCCCGCAGCGCCGGGGCAGCAGGUCCUACAGAUCAACAGACGGACGGACGACCCCCCAGCUGGGGAACCCCUCCACUCCCCAGCCGGCAUCCCCUGAGGUGGGCAACUACCACUCCCACUUGGAGCUGUCCCACACCCACUCACCACGCAGCCCCAUCAGCCCCGAACUGCUCUGUGCCCCCCUGACCCCCCUGUCCCGGGACUCCCUGCGGCUCCUGUCCAGUGAGGACACGCGUUGCUCCACGCCCGAGGCCGGCCUGGACGAGCAGGCCGUGCAGCCCUGGGAGCGCCGCACCUUCCCGCUCUCCUACGACCCCCGGACGGAGUGCGAGGAGCAGCCCGACCCCCAGGACCGGCUCUCGCGCUGCACCCGCCGCACGUCGGGCAGUAAAUCCUCCCGGGAAUGCGAUGGCACUUCGGCUUCGCCCAGCCUGCCCAGCCUCAAGAGCCGAGCCCCGCUGGCCCCCCCCUCCUCCUCUUCCUCCUCCUCUUCCUCCUCCUCCUCCUCCUCCUCCUCCUCCUGCUCCGCAGUCCUGCGGCCAGCGCACAGAUAGAGACACACGGGGAGACAUGAGCAAACCAACACACAGAACUAACUCUUGGCAUUAAAGCUUCCAAAAUCUGCGUUUGAUAUUCAAACAUCCUGCCGGGAAUUUUCACAGUUUUUAGUGAAUUUAAGGAGUUUAGAAACUGUUUUUUGUUUUCUUUUUUUUUUUUUUGUUUUGUUUUGUUUUCUUUUUUUUUUUUUUUCUGUUUUCUUUUUUUUUUUUUCCUUCUCCAUGUUUCCUCGUCACAUGAAUGAGCCCCCAGAUUCCUCCCAGCGGAGUGAAGCCUCGGGAGGGGAGCAGCCCACCAGACCCCCUCCCCUUUCCUCCCUCCUUUAGGUGUAUAAAACUAGAGCACAGGAUUUAGCUGACUAGCAGAUUUCGGGGAUAGUUUUUCCCACCAAAAGGGUGUCGUUUUCUCUUAACCCACUCCCCCCACCCUGAAAGGUUUUAGUGGAGUGAAAUUAGUGGUGAAAAGUGAUGUCUUGGGAUUGCAACCUUCACUGUCUGGCCGUCCUCACCUGCAGAGUGCCCACCUGCACUUCACCCUCCUGCAUUUUCCUGCCCCAGGUUGUGGUUCCAGGUAUCUAAAGGGGGGGAUUCUGUCCCUCCCUGAUCCUCGCUCUGCCCCUGGGGACACCUCUCCCUUCCUUCUCCCCUGGUUUGGAGCGGCCGUGGCUCUGGCUGCGUUCCUGGCAGGGGGAAAAGGAGGGACCUUGUGGCUGCUCCACACUCAGCUUGGCGUGGCAGGGGUGGGAGUUGGGAAGCGCCUUGUGCACGCCUGGCGUGUGGCGAGGGCGGCGAGGGGAAGAGUCCCCGAUGCUUUGAGCGGGAGCAGAAUUCCCGGAGCACUUGGAUGCCCUUUGGGGUGAGGCUGUUCAGCUGGAGCCGGGCUGGAGCUCUGCCCUCGCUGUGGGGUCGGGCAGUGGGGGUCCGGGGGUCCCGCAGGUGGGUUUGUGUCAGACAGGGGGGGCCAGAGAGGGAAGGAUGGAGGCAGGAGGCAGCUCCUGGGGGAUCGGGCUCAUCCCGAUCCCGCGUGGGGUCACCGCAGCUUCGCUCCGCGCCGCACCGUCCCAGCUCCGGUGUGGGUUCCGUUUCAUUUCGGGGCGCCCGCCGUGCCCCCUCCUGACAGGUAUUUGAGUUUGAACCCCGAGUUUGUUGUUCCUCCCCGUCCCCUCCCGCCCGGUUCCGCACCCGCAGCGAUCCCGGACCCCGCGCACCGUCCCCAUCGUAACGCUUCCCGGUCCCGACGGUGUGGCUCCUGGGCCCUGUCCUGUUGCUAGCAUUGUGCCUGUCUUAUGUAUAAUCACAUCACCAAAAAAAAAAAAAAAAAAAAAAAACCGGGAAAAAAAAAAUACAGAGGACUUUUUUUUUUUUUUUUUUUUUCCAUUUUGUAAUCGUAAAGAAAUAGUCGCUGAACUGCUUCAUGGUCGGGGUUUUCACAGUUUUCAACGUGAUCUCGUGGUUUUGGUUCUGUUCUAGUUUAAAGGAUCCGUCAUCGUUUCUUUCAAACAAAAACCCAACAAACAACGGCGCUACCAUAUCCCUCUGCAGAAGUGCUUUUCUAUUUAUAAGGUUGAAAAUUCUGAAUAACCCUUUUAGCAUUAUAAAAACCACACACAAAAAAAAAACAACCCACCUUGUAUUUUGUAAAUAUUUUCUUUUCCUGCUUUGAGCUGUGUAAUGUCCUUGUUAUAUAGAAAUGCUUUUCUUCCGAGAAGCUGAUCUUUGUUAAUGUCUUGAUUCUGUUGGCAAAGCACAAAUGUGCUUAUAAAAAAAAAAAAAAGAAGAAAAGAUUAAAAAAAAAAUUAAAAUGUAA